AGCGCCUGCGCAGUGUGCAGUGACUAUCUGUGACUGUUGCUAGGGAAACGCAGACGGUUGUUCUCGCUUCUGUAACGGGCUGUCCGGGCAGGAUUUACGGCGGCUGUUAUAGUGGUGUAUAUCGGACACCGCUCCCUUCUGGAGCGUGGCUUCGUCUUUUUGUCAAAAUGCACCGCUGAGAGGAAGCUCCCCGGACUCUACCCUGCUUAACACACGAUGCUAUCACGAGCCAAACCUGCUGUAGGCAGUGAGCUACAGCCAGGAGAUAAGAACAAGAAGAAAGGAAAGAUAGUUCCCAAACUGGAUGAGUUGCUGACCCAACGGGACUUUACUGGGGCAAUAACACUUUUGGAGUUUAAACGCCAUAUUGGGGAGAGUGAAGAAGACACGGAUUUGUGGAUCGGAUACUGCUCAUUUCAUCUGGGUGACUACAAAAAAUCUCUAGAGGUGUUUAAGCUUGUAAAUCAACAAGAGGGUUGCAAUCCUGAUGUCUUGGUGAAUUUGGCUUGUACGUUUUUUUUUCUGGGAAUGUAUAAAGAAGCUGAGGAGGCAGCAAAUAAAGCACCAAAAAGUCGCCUGCAGAAUCGCUUGCUCUUCCAUUUGGCCCACAAGUUUAACGAUGAGAAGAAGCUGAUGGUCUUUCACCAAAACUUACAGGACAUUAUUGAGGAUCAGCUGAGUCUGGCAUCCAUACACUACAUGAGAUCACACUAUCAAGAAGCAAUCGAUAUCUACAAGAGGAUAUUACUAGAAAACAGGGAUUUCCUUGCUCUGAAUGUCUACGUUGCUCUUUGCUACUAUAAGCUUGAUUAUUAUGAUGUUUCACAAGAGGUCCUUGCAGUGUAUUUGCAACAGGUUCCUGACAGCACCAUUGCUCUGAAUCUCAAGGCCUGCAAUCACUUCCGUCUCUACAAUGGGAAAGCAGCUGAAGCAGAACUUAAAAGUUUAAUGGACAGCGCCUCAUCCUCAUUUGAUUUUGCUAAGGAGCUUAUUAAACACAAUCUUGUGGUGUUCCGUGGUGGAGAGGGAGCCCUGCAGGUCCUUCCACCACUUAUAGAUGUUAUCCCUGAAGCACGUUUGAACUUGGUUAUUUACUACCUCAGACAAGAUGAUGUGCAAGAAGCAUUCAACUUAAUUAAAGACAUAGAACCCUCUACACCACAGGAAUACAUCCUCAAGGGUGUUGUGAAUGCUGCACUUGGUCAGGAACUGGGCUCGAGAGACCAUCUUAAAAUUGCCCAGCAGUUUUUCCAGCUUGUGGGUGGAUCAGCCAGUGAAUGUGAUACAAUACCUGGAAGACAGUGCAUGGCCUCUUGUUUCUUUCUACUGCGCCAGUUUGAUGAUGUCUUGAUCUACCUUAACUCUAUUAAGAGCUACUUCUACAGUGAUGACUCUUUUAACUUUAACUAUGCUCAAGCCAAAGCUGCAGCUGGAAACUAUAAAGAAGCUGAGGAGGCAUUCUUAUUAAUUCAGAGUGAGAAGUUAAAAAAUGAUUAUAUUUACCUGAGCUGGCUUGCCCGCUGUUAUAUUAUGAACAAGAAGCCGAGGAUGGCAUGGGAACUGUAUUUGAAAUUGGAAACCUCUGGAGAGUCAUUUAGCCUCCUUCAGCUAAUUGCUAAUGAUUGUUAUAAAAUGGGUCAGUUUUAUUAUGCUGCCAAGGCAUUUGAUAUAUUGGAAAGACUUGAUCCAAGUCCUGAAUACUGGGAGGGAAAGCGGGGAGCAUGUGUUGGAAUCUUUCAGAUGAUCUUAGCAGGCCGAGAACCCAAAGAGACACUAAGGGAAGUUCUUAAUUUGCUCAGGAGUACUGGCAGUACACAAGUAGAAUAUAUAAUCCGAAUUAUGAAGAAAUGGGGCAAAGAUAAUCGUGUACCAGUCUAACCACAUACAAAUCUCAGCACCAAUAAACUUGCCAUUUGUUGCAAUAUGACCUCAGAUUGUUAAAAACAAAUAAAAGGACCAAUUUUUGUUGUGUCUGAAUAUCUUAAAGAUCUCUUAGGAACUGAGACAACUUGAUUUCCUGGAAGAAAUAAUGUACCCAGUCCCUAGUCUAUGUCGUCCUGUUUAUAGAAAUUGUACUGAUGAAGGUUGUUUUCUUUACUUUUUUUUGUAUUAUUCAUCAUAAAUUGGCAAAAUGUUAAAAAAAUAGUAAUUUCAAAAAUGUAAUUCUGUAUGUGUAUAUAUAUAUAUAUAUAUAUAUGUCGAUUAGUAAAAUGUCACUAUUUUUUCUUUAUAAUUUAUGUUAUAAAAUAACAUAUGGGCCCCCCCCCCCCAAUGCUUUUGUCACAUGUGCGUUUUGGAAUUCCAAAUUUAACACCUUUAUGGUGGAAGUGGUGGCGUGUCUGUUUCUGUGAUGAAUUGGCUCCUAUAUGAUUUUAAAUUACGUGACUUUGUGAUCCUUGCAAGAGCCUGUGGACAACAGUAGGUCCUCAAGGUAAUUGUGGAUAUACUUCAGCCCUAUACCUUUAUCGAAUGUUCUCAUCACCUUUAUGGUGGAAUUGGUGGUGGGUCUGUUUCUGUGAUGAAUUGGCGCCUAUAGGGGCUGGUGAGGCUUUCUGUUUGUAAUUGUCAUUACUGUCUAUUUGCAGAUUAAACUCAUUUGUCAAAAGCAUUGAAUAUGUGACAUAUUACAUCACCGGUCAUGAUAAAGGCCUGUGAUCAGACCGAAACGUCGACAAUAAAAUAUUGGUGAUUUAAAUGAGAA